GCAGACAAUAGAUUUGAAGGAAGGAUCCCAAAUUCCAUUGGUGACCUACACCAUCUACGUAUCCUCGUGCUCUCAUCAAACUCUUUCAGUGAAUCUAUCCCAGAAGGACUAAUGAAGUUGGAAAGUCUACAAUAUAUUGGUUUAUCCAGGAACAAUCUGUCUGGUCCCAUUCCUGAGAAUCUUGAUGGCUUGAAAACAAUGAUGAGAACACAAAAUGAGGCAACAAAUCUUAGGUUAUGUUUACUCCCUCAAGUUCAUUGGUGCUCAGCUAGAAAUAGUCACCAAAGGACAGACACAUUGGCUUGAGUCAGUAUAUUCCUACAACAGUGGAUUCGACGUGUCAAGCAAUGCUCUUACUGGUAAAAUCCCUGAGAAAAUUGGCCUUUUAAGUGGACUUCCAUUGUUGAAUCUCUCACAUAAUAAUCUUUCGGGGGUGAUCCCAAAGUCUAUAGGCAAGAUGAUUUCCCUUGAGUCGUUGGAUCUCAGCUAUAACCAAUUAACAGGGGAAAUUCCAGUGACAUUGACAGUGUUAGAUUUUCUCCAGUAUCUCAACUUGUCUUAUAACAACUUGAGCGGAUGGAUUCCAAGCAAUCCACAUUUUGGCACUCUGUAUCAAGAUGGAACGACAUAUAUUGGAAACAGAUACUUAUGUGGUGCUCCUGGUGGGAUGAAUUGCAGUAACCAUGGUCCCUCUAUCGCAGAAACUGCAGAGAACAGAUAUGAUCAAGAAAAUGUCCUUUUUGUUUUAGUUGUAUUCUUAGGCUAUGUUACAGGAAUUUCUGGUGUAUUUCUGUUGUUGUAUUUGAUAGACGACAAUUGGAGGAACAGGUAUUGGAGGGCAGUAGACAGAAUUGUGUUAAAAAUAGUGAACUGUAAACCAUGACAUGCAUAUAUACUAAAUUUCUGCAAUAG